CUCAACCGGCCAGACGUUGCUAUGGCUACAGACGCUGAUGUCCAGUCAAGGGAGGUCAUUCUUUUCUAUUCUUGCUGUUUCCGGUGCCAAGCACGAAAGUAGACGAGGUUUAAACAAGGAUGGAUCGCCCAAAAAGAGGAGAAGAUGAAAAUGAACUUCUGAGAUUUCAGCAGGAGUUCUUGGCCAGUAAGGAUGUACCAUCAGUCACUAUCGUGAACAAAGCAGACAAACGCAAGCCAGAGAGUCAAGACAGAGAUGUUGUUAAGAUGGAUGCCAUGCCAGCAUUGCCAGCAUCUGUAGGUCUUGAACCAGCCAAGAAAUCUCGCUUUAGAACAGACAAAGACAGCAGAAAGUGCAAGUCAGCAGCAUCAGAUUCUACUACAAAUUUGGCAUAUCACUCACUUACCCCUGAUAUGGACCCAGAAGAGCUUAUGGACAAAAAUGACAAGGGGAUGGCAGCUGUUCUGACAAGUAUAAUUGAAAGAGAUACAAGAAAUGCUACUUUUACAUUCCCAUCACCCACGGCAAAACCGUUUCCUCCAAUCAUGGAAAGAAGUGUUACAGAACAAAUUACCUUUCCCCAAAGAAGAAAGCAAAGCCUAUUUGCCAGUCAGUUUGAGCAGCAUGGCACAACAGACUUUGCAAGUGAAAAAGAGGAGAGUAAGAUGGAAAUUUCAGAAAGCACUGGUUCCAGAAAGCCAAACAAUGGGCAAUCAUCAUCAUCAUCAUGCAAAGUGUCUUCAGAUGUCUCAUCUCACAUUGUGGAUGGCAGAGGCUUAAGCGCAUCUCAGGCAGAAACAGAAGCACGCAGCAUACAUGAAGAAAAUAUGUCAAAACUAGCUAAAAUGUCAGAAGAGGAGAUUCUUGAAGAGCAGAAGAAAUUGCUGCAAAUGUUGGACCCAAGUUUGGUGGAGUUUCUGAGAUCAAAAUCAAGAAAAACAGUUGAAACAAAAGGUGAAGUUGAAUCACAGACAAAGUCCUUGCCCCCAAGAGGGAAACCAAAACCACCAAAACAGGAGCCAUCCAAGUCUGAAGAUCUGGCAGACAUGACUAGCAUAGAAAGAAGACAGUCCUGGAUUCACAUGGAUAAAGUGGAAUAUGACAAGCUUGAGUGGAUGAAAGAUCUGCCUCCUCCAUCUGCUGACAAUGCACAGACAGGUUUGCAGGCAAGAUUUGAUUUCAGUGGCAGAGUGGUGCCUGCUGAUGCUGAUCUCCCUGUAACCAUGGCUCUUCAUCACCAUGGAGAUGAGCCUGAGCGGGCAGGUUACACCUUAGAGGAGCUCUUUCAGCUGGCUCGCAGCUCCAAUGUUCAGCAGAGGACCUUGGCCUUGACCACGCUGGGUCACAUUAUUCAACAGGAAAAGGCAGGGACUCUAAUUGAAUAUAUUCAGAGACCCAUCCUGCCAUCCAUACUUGAUGGUGGAGUGGUCUUCCUAAUUCGCAUGGCUUGCGAUGACUCUGUGCCUGCUGUGGUGGUAGCGGCAGUGUUUAGUCUCAGCGCUCUUCUCUGUAAUCCAGCAGAUGAGGUGGCAUCCUCAGGCUCCUACAGUGCUGGCUACCUUGCAGAUUUUGACCAGAGUAGCUCCCACAGCACACGAAUGGCCUAUGAGAUUUCAAGAAACACCAAACUGAUGAACUUAAUCACAAAAGAGUUUCUUCCAACAACGUGGAAGCCACAUGAUAGUGAGAUGGCAGUUUCUGAUCCCUGGGGUCUGCCCCUCCCUGCAGCCAUGCGACUGAUGGGCAGCUUGUGCCAAGCUGGUCGCCACAUAGCCUCCAGCCUUGUGGCCAACCACUCUCUUCAGGAAGUGCUGCUACGAUACUUGGCUGUCAGGGCCCAGGAUCUACAUCUGUCAGAAAAAGAAGCAGAGAGCUUACAGAGGGAAACAUUUGUUACAUGGAGAAUCCUCUUGUCCUAUGGCCUUGGGUCUGAUAUCUACCUUGACUUGUACACAUCCUUAGUCAAUGAGUUAAGAGCAGUGACAUCAACAUUGUCAAACCUUGAUGUGUACCAGCUACAAGACAGAGAAGUGAAUUUGGUGUCAGUUUUUGAGAUCAUUUUACCGUUAGCAGCUAUACCGCCUGUCAAGCCAUGCUUUAAUCAAGAAGAUGGGAGAGAAAUGGAAGUUAUCUCCACACCUGUGAACUGGAGCCAUGUGGAAGGUGUGAUGCCAAUGAUCAAAGUGUGCACCUGCAAAUGGCUGCAGCAUCUUGCUGACAAGUACACAUUACAGAAACCAUGUCUUCAGUUUCCAACAGCAUGCCUUAACUUCAUGGCAACAUAUUUUGCUAAGUACGCUGCACAGGCAACAGUAAAUCCCUUAGAUCAGUUGCAGCACAUUGAGGAAAUUUGCUCGAAGAGUCUUUUCUCCUUUCUCAAGUCAUUUGGAUUCCAGACCAUGCUAGUUAGCUCAGUCAGUACUCCAAUCUUGCAUCUCCACCAAGUGAAAAGCGCCAAGAAAAAGCUUCCUACUUCAGGUGUGAUUAUUAGUCACAAGGAUGUCAUCAGCUACUUAAAGAAGUUCUCUUCAGCUUCUCCAAACCACCUGUAUGCCAAUCAUUUCACAAAGUUUGAAAACAUGAUGCAGUAUUUCCUCAUCAAGCUGUCAUCAUUAACACCAGGACACUGUCAACCUCUUUUGCAUCAACUAGCAUUGGACUUGACCGGUCGACUCCAAGGAGGGGAGGAGUUUAUUGCCCAUGACUUGUUCUCCACCGUACUCUUUAACGCAGACUUUAUACCAGAAGGCAAAGAUGAAGAGCUGACUGCAGCAUCAUUGGCAGGAAUGAAAAUCUCUGAUGCUCAGGUUCUCAAGAGUGCAACCCAAGAGGAGGUAAACACCAACAAUGCCCAGCUGCUGAAAGAGAGUUUGUCAAAUCUUCCAGAAAUCAGAAGCCAGUACUUCAAAACCUUUGCUGGCAUGGAGACAAGUGUCGCCAGCUCCAGGUGUAGGUACCAGCAGCUUCCACAUGAAACAAGGAGUCUUUUGACACCUCCUGCAGGGGAGAGCAUAAUGCCUAGAGACUGGGCCUUCAUGCCUCUGGUGCAUCUCUACAACCACGAUUCUUCUAAAGGUAGUGGCACCCAGACCAGACUUCCCUCAUCAUUUGUUACCAUGACGACUUGUGCCCUGCAAUGGAUCUUUAUUUUGGAAUCACUAAGGAAUCGAGCGCUGUCAGACGUGUCAAUUACCCUCAAAAUUUCUCGUAUUAUGUGUGUCUUCCUUGUGGGUAAUGACCUGUUUCUGGAAAGAUCAGUGUAUCCAUUCCUUGCUUCACUGUUUCGCGUCUACGCCACUCCCCACUUGCUGGACAAGAUGAACUUUGAGGAAGACAUUCCUGGCAUUUCAUCAUUUUAUGACCUUUACAUGGUGUUUCUCGACCAAUUUGAGGCAGUCUCCUUCGGCGACAUUGUGUUUGGUGCAUAUGUAAUGCUGCCGAUGCAACAGAAACAAAGUCUCAUGCUGCGCAGAGCUGUAUGGCAGGAGAGGCCUCACCUGUUGAGAACACUUAGAGUUCCUGUGCAAGAGAUGCUGAUCGACAUCAGCCGCUACUUGACUCCAGACGAGACCGACCCACAGCUCGUGCAGCUGUACACCCACGCUCUCUUGUCCAAGUCGGUGCUGCCCACCCGCACCCCAGCUCUGUUCCUGGUGGCGGUGCACCACACCAAUCGUUUCCUCUAUUACACGCAAGACACCACGAACCAGCCGAUCAGGCGGCGACUGUGGGAACAGGUUCUUAGAUGUAAAGAUGAGGAGCUGAAGAGGAAUAUAUUUUAUUACAAGAUUUGCAACACCGAGAUGAAGAACAGCAUGGAGCUCUAUGCUGAGCUACCGGCGUCCCGCCAGAAAGUUUUGCAGGAGCAUCAGGCCAGAGUGGGGCCUUGAUGUUCG